AUGGACGGACACAAUGAGAUGCUGAUCGACAGAGCGGAAGAUGCUCGCAAGCAGGAGAUCACCGAGCAAUACCUCAAUUUUCUUGAUAAUCAGGUAACAAACUAAGAGAUCAAUGCACAAAACCGCGUAUUAAUUGUAGGCGGACAGCCAUCAAUAUCGACAGAAAAUUGUGAAAAUGAUGAACGACGGCGAAAGUCGUCUUGUGAUGAAUCUCGACGAAAUCCGUGAGGUGCUUCCAGAAAGAGCCGAAGGACUUUUGAAGGAGAGUGUGCUCGAGAUGACGUGUCUCCAGGAGGCUCUUCAGAUGGCCAUCAAUCGCUCCGAUGUUCAGGCUAUUGUCAAAACGUACGUGACAUGCGGAGAAAAGAUUCAAAACUUCUCUGUUUUCAGCGGAUUUCACGUCGGAUUCGAAGGAACAUUCGGCGAGCGUCACGUCAAUCCACGCACACUGAAGUCUUCGUACCUCGGAAAUCUCGUGUGCUGCGAAGGAAUCGUCACAAAGUGCUCGUCGGUCCGUCAAAAAUUGAUCACUUCGGUUCACUAUUGUCCGGCGACGAACAAAGUGCUCGAGAAGAAGUUUGCCGAUUUCACGAUGCUCGAAACCAUCGUUACGAACAACGCCUACCCUACGGAGGACGAAAAUAAGAAUCCCUUGGAGACAGAGUUCGGGCAUUCGAUCUACAAGGACCAUCAGACCUUCACCAUCCAGGAGCUGCCCGAGUCGGCCCCCGCCGGUCAACUGCCAAGAUCAGUGGACUGUGUGGCCGAUCUGGACCUGGCGGAUCGAGUGAAACCAGGAGAUCGAGUUCGUAUCAUCGGAGUGUUCAGAGUGUUGCCGAACAAGCAGAACGGUGUCUCUACUGGCUCAUUCCGUUCGAUCAUAAUCAUCAACCACAUCCAAAUGCUCUCUAAGGAAAUCAUUCCAAACUUCGAGCCGCAAGAUGUCAAGGACGUUCGUAAAAUCUCCAAGUCGAAGGAUCCCUUUGAGCUGCUCGCUCGCUCUCUGGCCCCCUCCAUCUGCGGCCACGAGGAGACGAAGAAAGCGUUGUUGUGUCUGUUGCUCGGCGGAAUGGAGAAAGUGCUCAACAACGGUUCCCGUCUGAGAGGAGACAUCAACGUUCUGCUCAUCGGAGAUCCAUCCGUCGCCAAGUCCCAACUGCUCCGCUACGUGCUCCGUAUGGCUCCGCGAGCAAUCACCACCACUGGAAGAGGAUCUUCGGGUGUCGGACUCACGGCCGCCGUCACGACUGAUCCAGAUUCGGGAGAGCGUCGUCUCGAAGCGGGAGCCAUGGUUCUCGCCGACAGAGGCGUCGUUUGCAUCGACGAAUUCGACAAGAUGUCGGACAUUGACAGAACUGCAAUCCACGAGGUCAUGGAGCAGGGAAGAGUCACCAUCUCGAAGGCGGGAAUCCACGCGAAGCUGAACGCCCGUUGCUCAGUGCUUGCCGCCGCCAAUCCAGUGUACGGACGGUACAAUCCGUUCAAAUCGCCAAUGGAGAACAUCGGAAUGCAGGACUCGCUGCUCUCUCGUUUCGACUUAAUCUUUGUGCUGCUCGACGAGCACGAUUCGGACAGAGAUGCCGACGUGGCUGGACACGUGCUCAAGUUGCACACGUACCGAACUCAGGGAGAAGCCGAUGGAACCGUUAUGCCGAUGGGCGGAGGUGUCGAGACGAUCAGUACGAUUAAUAUGGAGACGAAGAAGGCGAGCAGUUCGAUUUAUGAGGAGAACACUCAGUGGGCAGGCAUUCAGAAGUGAGUUGGAUUUGCUUUAGAAAUUAAAAACAACGUCAUCUAUUUUCAGCGCUAAAAUUCUGACGAUGGACUUUAUGCGAAAAUACAUUCAUCUGGCGAAGAAUGUGCAGCCGAAACUGACGGACGAGGCGACCGAGUUCAUUUCGGAGGUCUACGCCGACAUUCGCUCGUUCGACAUCACCAAAACGGACCAGGAGCGGACGAUGCCGGUAACCGCCCGUCAGCUGGAAACUCUGAUCCGUCUGUCGACGGCCAUCGCAAAGGCUCGAUUCUCAAAGCAAGUGGAGCGAGAGGAUGCCGAGAAAGCGUACCAUCUGCUUCAUUUCGCGUGCUUCAAGGAGAAGCCUAAGGCACGACAGGAGUACGAGAAGAAGAAGCGAGGACCAGUCAGAGAGCACGACACAUCCGACGAGGAGGAGGGCACGCAAAGCGAGCCGGAGCCGGAGACCGAAGAGCCGAGCACUGUGACGACUGCAGCGACGCCGAAGCGAGGAGUCAGAAGACGUGCUCCAGAUGACACGCAGUCGUCGUCCAAUGACACGAUGGAGGAGAGCCAGCCACAGGCCAAACGGGCUCGUGCAGAACCGGCCGCCAUCGGAGUCGAUCGGUACAAGGAACUGAGGAAGUUUGUGCGAAAGGCGUUCGAUGAUCUCGGAAGCACUGAUGACAUGGUCGAACUCCAUAUUAUCACUGACAGUGAGUGAAUCUAGUGCAUUUUAUGUACUGCAAUACUUUCUUCCAGGUGUGCAAGCUCAAGCAGGCUCCCACAAGUUCACGGAGGACGAGCUGAAGGCGGGAUACGAGCAACUGGAGAGCGACAACGCCGCCAUGAUUGCCGACGACAAAAUCACUCUCAUCUGA